CUUAGGUUAGGGUUUAGAACUUACAAGAUACAAAUUAUUGAUUUUUUUUUUCCCUUUUAUCUUUGAGAGAUCACUCUCUAAGGACGCGCGUUUGGUAAAUUAUUAUAUAUCUAUUCUCAUACUCCACCGUGUGAUGUUGCGCUCAGACACACUCCCUCUGAGAACCAACGCUGAAUAGAAACAAAUUUCAUAUUCCAUGUUUCUGUAGUUCCAAUUUCCAACGUUCGGUUGAUCCACGACGAUGCUGUCACUGCAACAUAAUUGAAAUCCAUUCAAAAAAGGUGAAAUCGCAAAAGUAGAAAAAAAAAAUGCGAAGGCUGCUUGGGAAGAUCUCGGGAUUGUUCGGCAAUCGAACUAAGGUGGGAGUUGACAAAGCAGGGAACAAAUAUUUCACUAGAAAUGAAGAGCUUGAUGGUGUCAUGAAAGAGAAAAGAUGGGUCAUAUUUAAGGGAGAGGACGAUCCGACCUCUAUUCCAGUUGAAUGGAUAUGUUGGCUGAAUGGGCAGCGUAAAAAGGCUCCAACUCCAGAGGAAAUGAUGGAAUUGGAAGCAAGACGUGAACGUGUUAGACAGAAUGUUGCUCUUCUCAAGAAAGAGGAACAAGAAAGGAUAGCCAAAGAAGGAAGUAAAGGAAAACGUGUCAGCACUGAUAAAGCCAGUGGUCCAGAUUUGAAAAGUUUUAUUCAACAAUUUCCAGUUCCUUCGGAAGGUAAUGAUGUUGAAGAAUCACCUAGCACUACGGGUGGCUUAAGGAAUCCUCAAGAGAGAUUAGCAGAGAAAACAAAAGACGAGUCUGAGUCUUCAGAGGCAAGUGGAUCUGGUGCAUCCUUUAGACCAGGAACAUGGCAACCUCCAACUUGAGCUUUCAUAACAACUUAGAAGGUCUUUCUGAACUUGGAUUACCCACACGUUAUUUUGAAAAGCCAUGAAUGAUAUUUCUUCCCCCAAGAAUUUUGAUACAAGUCAUGUGCUGUCAAGUUCUGGAAUUUUUGAUUCAUUGAUAAACCUUUGUUUAAAGAAUAUAAUCAAUAAGACAACCUGAUUAUUCAGGCUUUUGCAA